AUGAGAGAGAAAGGAGCGCGCCAUCUGCCAUCUGGCAUCGCCGCCGCAUUGGGUGUCGGCCCCGCGCCACAGAAAUACUACAGGGUGUGGUCCUCCUCUGUUGGGCCUUCGUUGCAGUGUCAGGUGCUGACUCAUUGCAGACACUUUCUCAUAGGGAUCAUGCGACCCAAUCCAGUCAUAGAAGCGGGGAGCUCCUCCAAAAAACGGCGGCUUAGCAAGGUGAUCACUUUGGAGGAUGGUGAGAAUGAGGACGAGGAUGAGGAGAAGAUGAGGAUUUCAACAUGUAGACAUAUAGAAGUCUUUAUGUGCCAAAUUAGGCAAUUUCAUGUCUCAGAUCAGAUCAAGAUCAGAUCAAUCAAGGCAGAAUCAGAAAAAUCCAGAUCAGAUCAGAUCAGAUCUGACGGUGAUCUCAUCUAA